GCCGUCUUGGGGCUGCUUUCAGGGUCCGACCCGCGCUGGAGCUGCGGACACCCGUCGCCGACGCUGCCGCCGCCGUUUUGACCCGGGCCGCCACCGCCGCUGCGUGUCGCCACCAUGAACCAAGAUCUUCGCAGGGAGCGGGCAGCCGCCAGCUUCAACCCGGAGCUGCUCACUCACGUCCUGGACGGCAGCCCCGAGAACACCCGGCGCCGCCGAGAGAUCGAGAACCUGAUCCUGAAUGACCCAGACUUCCAGCACGAGGACUUGAAUUUCCUCACUCGCAGCCAGCGUUACGAGGUGGCUGUUAGGAAGAGUGCCAACAUGGUGAAGAAGAUGAGGGAGUUUGGCAUCGCGGACCCAGAGGAAAUCAUGUGGUUUAAAAAAGUGCAUUUGGUCAAUUUUGUGGAACCUGUGGGCCUCAAUUUCUCCAUGUUUAUUCCUACCUUGCUGAAUCAGGGCACCACUGCUCAGCAAGAGAAAUGGCUGCUUUCAUCCAAAGGACUCCAGAUAAUUGGCACCUACGCCCAGACGGAAAUGGGCCACGGUCAUUUCCCCAUAAACUGGUCCAAGACUCUAGCCUGAAACAUCCUUCAUUGUUACUUCUAAAAGCCUUUUUACCCUUGCUGCAUAUAUCCCAUUUUAAUGGCUGUUGAGCAUUUUGGAAAGAUGGGAUUGAAAAUGUGGCAGAAUUAAGCGUUGGUGUCUAAUUAUAAAAAGAGACUUUGUUGGAAAUUCGUGAGAGUGUUAAUGCCUUAGCAAUAUCUGGAAGUUGCCUCUCUGCUUUAAUGAAGCUAAAGAUGGGGAUUUUAAGGGGGGGGGGCAGAGGGUUAGAGCAUUUAAGUGUCUUACUCUUUCUUUCUUUGCCCACUAGCAGGCUUAUAAGGCAGUUUGGAGAAAAGUUCAUGAUUCUCUUCAUUUGAUUAUAGCAGUCUUUU